AUGUCCGGAAUUUUGGCUACACGUUGGGAAAACAGAAAUUGGUUUAGAAGUUUAAAAGAAAGAAAAAUUAAUAGUACGAAGCCAUCGAAAAUAGAGGAAUUCCCGUACCAGGUCAUGAUCAAUGUACUUAAUGAAAGCGAGGAAGAAACAAUAGAAAUAUGUGGUGGUGCGAUUCUAAAUGAAAGUUAUGUACUGACAGCCGCUCAUUGUUACUAUGGUGAAAAAAAUGUAUAUGUAGUACAUGUAGGCAGUUUACAACCAUUUAAGAGUCUUGAAAGUGAGGAACAUGCAAAUAAAUUUGAAGUUAAAAACUUCAUUGUGCAUGAAAAAUAUGAUCCUGUAUUUAUGACAUCUGAUAUUGCUUUAAUUGAAGUGGAUGGUACUUUCUGGGAUAGCAGGCCCGAAAUGGGAGUUAAGAAUAUAUCACUAACUACUUCUAAAGUUCCAGAAAACCUUUCAAUGACAGUUUUAGGAUGGGGCGAUCCAGUAGUGAUUCUUUCUGGUGAUCCAGAUUACAUACUAGAAUUAUAUUACGCAGAGAUAAUUCGAAAUUCAGAUAGAAAAUGUAUGCUAGACUUAGAGAGAUCUAUGAAGGGUAGAUUCUGUGGAUUUGCAGAAAAAGAAACCGGAAUUUGUACUAGUAGCACUGGUGGUCCGGCAAUAGCAGAUGGUAAAUUAGUUGGUAUUGUAUCAAUGGGUGGCUAUAAGAACAUUUGCGUAUUUACUGAUUUAUGGUAUUACAGAGAUUGGAUUUUACAUAGCUACCAACCUUCGAAAAUUGCAAUAAAAUUAUUAGUCGAAAGUUCCACAAAUAAAUCUACAGUUUGGGAAAAUGAUUCUGUACUUACUCAAAGCGUUGCGAUAUCUUCAACUUCCAAAAAUGAGCAAUUAGAUAAUGUUUCUGCAAUCAUAUCACCAUCUUUCUCAAACGAACUUCUACCAAUAGAAACUACAUUUACAAUUCCAAUGGAAGCAAGAACAUUCGUAGUCGAAAGUUCCACGAACAAGUAUUCCCUGGGAGAAAAUGAUUAUGCAUCAACUGAUAAUGAAAAGAUACCCUCAACUUCCGAAAAUGAGCACAGAAUUAGAUAAUGUUUCUACAGUCAUGUCGCCAUAUUUCGCAAAAGAACUUCUACC